UUUAACAACAUAGAUGCUAGAGACGAUGGCAGAAGAACCGGUUUCAAAUGGUUUUAUGCAGAAUCCUGUUCCUGGAUCCAAUAACCCUCCUGUUGCAAAGAGGAAGAGAAACCUACCAGGAACACCAGAUCCUGAAGCUGAAGUGAUAGCUUUGUCCCCAAAGACUCUGAUGGCAACCAACAGGUUUUUGUGUGAAAUAUGCGGCAAGGGUUUCCAAAGAGACCAAAACCUUCAACUCCAUAGGCGAGGCCAUAACCUUCCAUGGAAGUUGAAGCAAAGGACUACAAAGGAAGUGAGAAAGCGGGUGUAUGUGUGCCCUGAAAAGACCUGCGUCCAUCACCAUCCUUCCAGGGCUCUCGGGGACCUGACUGGCAUAAAGAAACACUUUUAUCGGAAGCACGGGGAGAAGAAGUGGAAGUGUGAGAAGUGUUCAAAGCGAUACGCUGUGCAGUCAGAUUGGAAAGCUCACUCAAAGACCUGCGGCACCAGGGAGUACAAAUGCGAUUGUGGUACUCUAUUUUCAAGAAGAGAUAGCUUCAUCACGCACAGGGCUUUCUGUGAUGCUUUGGCUGAGGAAACAGCUAGAGUAAAUGCAGCUUCCAGCAUGCACAGCUUGGCCACCACCAAUUUCAGUUACCAACUUAUGGGGAAUCCAUUAGAUACUGGGAUGCCACAACAUUCCUCUAUCUUCAAAACAAUUUCAAGCAAUGAUGAAACCAUAGAUCAAACUAGACGUGGUUUUUCCUUGUGGAUGGGCCAAGCACCUCAGGGCCAUGAUUCAAUUGGCAAAAGUCUCCAAGAGAUUCAACAAUUUGGUUCUUUGAAUUCGGGAUCCAUGUACAGCGAUCCCCUGGUUUCGACAUCGAAUCCUCCGGCAUCAGAUUAUCAGUUAAACUGGGUGUUUGGCAACAAGGUCUCAUCCGGUAAUGCUGAAGAUCAGCUAACCAGCACUUCACUUCCUUUGAACAAUAAUGUCAAGGAAAAUGGAACUCAACUUGUGAGCAUUCCUUCAUUAUUUAGCACCCAACACCAGUCUCAGCAAACCCCAUCUUUCAGUAUGUCUGCCACAGCUUUAUUACAAAAAGCUGCCCAAAUUGGUGCCACUUCAACUGACACUUCAUUCCUAGGAAGCUUCGGGACCAAGUGUAGCAACAGUCAAGUUCAAGAUGGGAGUAAAUACAGUGAUCUGUAUGUGUCAAACACACAAACGACUACCCUAGGAUGUGACAUGGAAAAUUCGGCAAACGAUAUUUCCACGUUGAAUCAAUUGCAAAUGUACCCAGCAAAACGCCGGUACUUGCAGAAUGAAGAAAGUGGGGGAGGACAAACAAGGGAUUUUUUGGGUGUGGGAGUACAGCAGGCCAUCUGUCACCCAUCUUCAAUCAAUGGAUGGAUAUGAAAAAUGAGCAGAAAUUUACCUAUUUCUCUUUAUGGAAAGCUUGGGUGAUGGAUAAUAAAAGUGGAGUUAAAGAUGAAAA